UCCCUUGAGCCCCCAACCAACCUAGCUAACCGCGCCGCCGCGCCGUUCUCCUCCCCACCCGGCCGCCGCAGAAGCGCAGACCAUCACCGGAUCUUUCCGCGCGAAGACGAGCACGCCUUGUGAAUGGUGGGAGCCCGCACGACCUCCCCCGCCUCCCCGCCGCAGCCGGAGAGGGCCUCCUUCCGCAGCUUCGGUUGCUGCAUGCAGGGCUGGCACCACCGCUGCAUCGGCCUCGACCCGUGAACGCCUCGUCGCCGGCGACGAGCGCGCAACGGGCGCAGGAUUUCGUCGAUUCGAUUCGACUCGACUCUCCCGCCUGAUUCUUUUUUUUUUUGGUCGUGAGUUCUUCCUCUUCUUGCGAGAAAACAGAGAGAAAAAAAGAAAGUUAGGCAAUUCUUUGAUUUUAGUUGGAUUUGUUCCGAUUUGGCCGUUGCUCUACCGCCGACGAUGAUGAAGCUGGGCAAGGCGGAGUCCGCCCGCGGAAAGGUGGCGCCGGCCGGGUCCGGCGGCCGAGCGCGCAUGCUGGUGACGGUGACCGUGCUCGGCAGCGCCGGGCCGCUGCGGUUCCUGAUCGACGAGGGGGAGACGGUCGCCGGCCUCAUCCGGGCUGCGCUCCGCUGCUACGCCCGCGAGGGCCGCAUGCCUCUGCUCGGUGCCGACGCCGCCGGCUUCCUGCUUUACACCGCCAACGGCGGAUCCGACGCGCUCAGCGCCGACGAGAAGAUCUACUUCAACGGCUGCCGGAGCUUCCUGCUCUGGCAGAAGGCGGCGCGCGACACCAUGGCCAAGGGCGGCCGGCCUGAGCUGGCGAAUGUCGCGACCUGCAAUCCCUGCAAGAAACGGGGCGGCGGCGGCUGGAAGGGCGGCCUGAACAAGUUCCUCCUCAGCUUCAGCUUCAAGGUGUGAGAGCCACCGAUGCCUCCGUAAUCCGGAUCGAGCUGAUCUCCUCCUGCCGGAAUCGUUGUCCCCGAGUUCAUCACUACAGCUGGUCGGGUUGCGCGUAAUAAUUCGACGAUGCUUCUUUUUCAGUCGUCAGUGUCAGUUGCUUGGUUAUUUCGUUCAGUUUUGUCAAUCUAGUCGCAUUUUCUCGUCCUGUUGCAAACUCCUAUCUACAUGUCAGCAUCAAAAUUAUGAAUAAAAUCACCGUGUCCCGAUGAUAUUUUUGCU